GUGUCAUCCCUCUUCACAUCUGUUUUCAAUUGCAAUUACCAGCCCUUUAAUUAAUUUUUUUCAAGAUUUACAUCAAAGAUCAUGUCUUCCAUUGAAGAACUGAAGCACUUGCAGAUUUCUCUCCAAGACAUAUCAGACGCAACUAAUGAUUUUUCCGAUGAAAACUGUAUUGGAUUGGGUGGAUUCGGGCAAGUUUAUAAAGGCAUAUCUGAAAAAUACGGUACCAUCGCUGUAAAGCGGUUGAGUCGUGAUCUUGGGGAGCACAGUCAAGGAGAUCGUGAGUUUAAAACAGAGAUUGCUUUGCUUUCUAAUUACAAACACGAAAACAUUGUCUCUCUUCUCGGAUAUUGCGAUGAAGAUGGCGAGAAGAUACUUGUUUACAAGUAUGAGAGCCAAGGGAGUCUUGACAAACAUUUAAAGAGUGCAGAUUUAACCUGGACCCAACGUCUAAAUAUUUGUUUAGACGCUGCCCGUGGGUUAAAAUACCUUCACCAUGAUGUUGGGGCUGAACAUAGAACCCUGCAUAGGGAUGUGAAGAGCGCAAACAUCCUUUUGGAUGAAAACUGGAACGCGAAAAUUUCUGAUUUUGGAUUGUCGAAAAAAGGUCCUAAUGUGCCGGAUAGCUUUGUUUCCUCAAAUCCGUGUGGCACUAAAGGAUAUAUUUGUCCAGAAUACGAGACUACCGGGUAUCUAACACCCAAAUCUGAUGUUUUUUCAUUUGGUGUUGUAUUGUUUGAGGUGCUGUGUGGAAGGCCGGCAUAUGCUCCGGUUGAUGAUCAACCUUUUUAUAUUUGGGUCCAAAAAAGUUACAAAAGGAAAACAUUAAAUUCGAUCAUUCAUUCGGGUUUACAUGAACAAAUAAACCCGGCUUCCUUACAUGCAUUUUCAACCAUUGCGUAUCAAUGUUUGAAAAACGGAGAAGAACGUCCAACAAUGAAGGAGGUCGUGGAACAACUUCAGAAAGCUCUUGGUGAUCAGAUGGCACCAAGUGAACCACGGUCUGAUGAUUUUGAUGCUCUUCAUCAGAGACAGUCAAGGCAUGAAUCGAAUGGCAUUGAAGAAAUUGUUGAUGAUGUAUCAGAUAACUUGUUGUCCCUGAGUUCAAAUGUCGAUGAAGACCUCAUUGGUAUUAAGAUUCCUUUAAAAGAAUUGAGAUCACACUUAGAAGUUGGGAAGGGUGGCGUGCGCAUGAUUGGAAUAUGGGGGAUGGGUGGUGCUGGUAAGACUACUCUUGCAUCUUCUAUUUAUGAUCAAAUCUCUGGCAUGUUUGAUGGUUGCUGCUUUGUAGACAAUAUUAGGGAGAAAUCAAGCAAGUAUGGUUUUGAAAUAUUGCAAGAAAAAUUACUCUCAGAUAUUUUGAAACAGAAAGAUAUGAAAGUUGAGAGAGUUGCGAAAGGAAAACAAAUGAUAAAGAGUAACUUAUGCAAUAGAAAUGUCUUGAUUGUUCUCGACGAUGUUGAUCACCCUGACCAACUAAAAAUGUUAGCCGGGUCACAUGAUUGGUUUGGUGAAGGAAGUCGUAUAAUUGUCACAACUAGAGAUGAGCAUGUAUUAAAUGCUCACAAAGUUAAUGUAAUAUACAAAAUUAGAUUGUUACAUGAUGAUGAGGCUCUUGAGCUCUUUUGCAAGCAUGCACCCCAGCAAGAUUACAUACCUAAAGAAGAGUAUGAGAUGCUUUCAAAAGAAGUUGUAAGUUAUGCUGGUGGGCUCCCUUUAGCCCUUAAAGUUUUAGGCUCUUUUUUAUGUGACAAAGACAUAAAUCAGUGGAGGAGUGCCUUAGCAAGACUAAAAGAUAUUCCAGAAGAGGAUAUUUUAGGAAAGCUAAAGAUUAGUUAUGAUGGACUUAAGCCAAUGGAGAAAGAGCUGUUCCUAGAUAUUGCAUGUUUUCAUAGGGGGGGAACGAUGGAAGAGGCAAUGGUGAGUCUUGAUGCUUGUGGUUUUCACCCUAUUAUAGGAAUAAAGGUAUUGAUGCAGAAGUCUCUUGUAACUCUUUCAAGAAAUGGCCCAUUACGUUUACGUAUACCAGCCAUGUUUGAUAUGCAUGAUUUGGUACAAGAAAUGGGCCAUUACAUUGCUCAAGGGGAACACCGUGACAAUCCGGAAAAACAUAGUAGGAUUUGGCGGGAGAAAGAUAUUCUAAGCAUAUGUUCUAUGUACCCAACAAUGAAUAGUGACAAGAUUGAAGCUUUGGAUUUGUAUACUAAGAUGGGUUAUCCACCACAUCUUCCACAAGUUGUUGCCACCAUGAAAAAUCUCCGGUCAAUAUAUUGGAGGAGUUAUCCUCCACAAUUGUUGCAAGCAAAUUUCCAACCAGCAAUGCUUUGUUGUCUAAUCUUGCAAUACAGCUCGCAAGAACAACUGUGGAAGGGGCGUAAGCAUCUGCCAAAUUUGAAAGUCCUUGACCUCACAAGUUCGUCGUUUCUAAUCAAGACACCAGAUUUGGGGGGACUUCCACGCCUUGAAAGAAUGAUACUUCGGCAUUGUUCUUGUUUAAAAGAAAUUCAUCCAUCAACUGGAUAUCAUGAAAGUCUUGUUUUUCUUGACUUGCAUAAAUGUUCCAACCUUGAAAUGUUUCCACAAAUCACCCAUAUGCCAAAAUUGAUGACUCUUAUACUCUCUGGGUGCUCUAGGCUUCUCAAGUUCCCAGAUAUACAAAACAACUUGGAUAGCUUGGUGGAUAUUUCUUUGAGAGACAGUCGUAUGAUAGAAGUUUUACCCUCAUCAAUUGUACAAUAUUGUACAAACCUCAUUUCUUUAGAUCUAAGCAAUUGCGUCAAUCUAAAGAGUAUUGAAUUUGACUUCUGUGACUUCAAAAAAAUGGAAAAGCUUCAUCUCUCAAAUUUAAGACUACAAAAGAUGGAUCAACUAUUUGUAAAUUCAAAUUUCCUUCCACCUUUCUUAACAAGUUUGAGUCUUAGAUCAGUACCCAUUUUAUAUUGGCCAGACAUCCCCUCUGAUAUUAUUUGUGAGCUUUCCAACUUACAAGUACUAGACUUGAGUAAAAAUAGAUUCUCAAGGAUACCUUUGAACCUCAUGCAACUCCCUCGUCUCAAAUUCCUCGACAUUUCAUUAUGCAAAAACCUUGUAGAAUUGCCGGAUCUCCCACCAAGCAUAGCUGUUCUUGAUGCAAAUCGAUGCGACUCCCUUGUCAUAAAAGAUUUUCCAACAACUUAUAAAUGGUUAUGGAAAGUCACACUUGGGUAUCAAGUGCGUGGUGGAGAGAACGUAUUGCAAUCAGUGUUUCAGGAAAAUACCAUUGAAGAUCAUUUUAUGAGUUUCCACAGAGAUAGUAUUGACAUUUCAAGGGCACUAGGUUUUGACAUUUCCACAAGGUCCUUUGCAUAUGAGACAUUUACAUUGCAGCUUCCGCGUAAUUGGUUUAGUGACUACAGUGGAUUCUUAAUAUUGUUUUCUUUGAUGGAGAUACCCGAUGUGAUAAUUACUAUCAAGCAAGAGAUGCAAAUUAUCAAUCUCGUUCGUUAGAGGAAUCUGAUGAAUCUAAUCAAUCUACAAAGAGGUACAUAGAGGAAGCUAAUGAAACUCAAUAUAUAAAGAGAAUGUGUUAUAUACCAUUCAGUUCAUUGAUGCACAAGUCAUUGUGGAAUGGUAAUAUUUCAUUUUCCAUUAGUGGAUGGUGUGUGUUUAAAGUUGAACUUGUUCCUAGGCGAAGUAAAGGUGGUUUACCGGAAAGAUCAAGAAAUUGCUCAGAAUAUUGGGAUGGACAAAUCAAAGACAGAAAGACAUUUACAAUCAAAGAUGCUUCACAGUCUUCUAUCGAAAUUACAUGGUUACAUUAACGGGCUAUGCUGAGAUGACCAUUCACCAUUCUGCAGUUAUGUUUUCUUUAUCUUUAUUCUGCAUCAACGAUUGUCAAAUGAGAAAUACUCGAGAUUGAGGUGUAUUAGUUUGUUGUUGUAAUCAAUAUGUAUUGAAAUGGUAACUACAUCUCCAUUAAAUUGUUUUCCACUA